AUGGACGUCACACAGGUUUCGUUUCCCAGACCUCUGUUGUCUUCACGGCCAGCUGUUAGAUUUAAGCUGUUAGAUCAUAGCAAAGAGGCUAACGCUAUCCCGGGGGUUGAGAGUGGGGGAAAGGUGUUAGCUUUAGCUGGUAGCGAAGAGGCUAACGGUAUCCCGGGGGUUGAGAGUGGGGGAAAGGUGUUAGCUUUAGCUGGUAGCGAAAAGGCUAACGGUAUCCCGGGGGUUGAGAGUGGGGGAAAGGUGUUAGCUGUAGCUGGUAGCGAAGAGGCUAACGGUAUCCCGGUUGAGAGUGGGGGAAAGUAUUCAAUAUGCUUAACAGUGCAGUAUUCAAUAUGCUUAACAGUGCAGUAUUCAAUAUGCUUAACAGUGCAGUAUUCAAUAUGCUUAACAGUGCAGUAUUCAAUAUGCUUAACAGUGCAGUAUUCAUUAUGCUUAACAGUGCAGUAUUCAUUAUGCUUAACAGUGCAGUAUUCAAUAUGCUUAACAGUGCAGUAUUCAAUAUGCUUAACAGUGCAGUAUUCAUUAUGCUUAACAGUGCAGUAUUCAAUAUGCUUAACACAGUAUUCAAUAUGCUUAACAGUGCAGUAUUCAUUAUGCUUAACAGUGCAAUUUUCAAUAUGCUUAACAGUGCAGUAUUCAUUAUUCUUAACAGUGCAGUAUUCAAUAUGCUUAACAGUGCAGUAUUCAAUAUGCUUAACAGUCCAAUAUUCAAUAUGUUUAACAGUGCAGUAUUCAUUAUUCUUAACAGUGCAGUAUUCAAUAUGCUUAACAGUGCAGUAUUCAAUAUGUUUAACAGUGCAGUAUUCAAUAUGCUUAACAGUGCAGUAUUCAAUAUGCUUAACACAAUAUUCAAUAUGCUUAACAGUGCAGUAUUCAAUAUGCUUAACAGUGCAGUAUUCAAUAUGCUUAACAGUGCAGUAUUCAAUAUGCUUAACAGUGCAGUAUUCAAUAUGCUUAACAGUGCAGUAUUCAAUAUGCUUAACAGUGCAGUAUUCAAUAUGCUUAACAGUGCAGUAUUCAAUAUGCUUAACAGUGCAGUAUUCAAUAUGCUUAACAGUGCAGUAUUCAAUAUGCUUAACAGUGCAGUAUUCAAUAUGCUUAACAGUGCAGUAUUCAAUAUGCUUAACAGUGCAGUAUUCAAUAUGCUUAACAGUGCAGUAUUCAAUAUGCUUAACAGUGCAGUAUUCAAUAUGCUUAACAGUGCAGUAUUCAAUAUGCUUAACAGUGCAGUAUUCAAUAUGCUUAACAGUCCAAUAUUCAAUAUGCUUAACAGUGCAGUAUUCAAUAUGCUUAACAGUGCAGUAUUCAAUAUGCUUAACAGUGCAGUAUUCAAUAUGCUUAACAGUGCAGUAUUCAUUAUGCUUAACAGUGCAGUAUUCAAUAUGCUUAACAGUGCAGUAUUCAUUAUUCUUAACAGUGCAGUAUUCAAUAUGCUUAACAGUGCAGUAUUCAAUAUGCUUAACAGUGCAGUAUUCAAUAUGCUUAACAGUGCAGUAUUCAUUAUGCUUAACAGAGCAAUAUUCAAUAUGCUUAACAGUGCAGUAUUCAAUAUGCUUAACAGUGCAGUAUUCAUUAUUCUUAACAGUGCAGUAUUCAAUAUGCUUAACAGUGCAGUAUUCAAUAUGCUUAACAGUGCAGUAU